CUGUGUUUUUGUUGGGCCUCUUGUUAGUUCUCCUUCCUUUUUCUUUUUCUUUGUUUAGACCUAUAUGUGUGCUUUUGUUGGGUUCUCUUCUUUGAUGACUUCUAUUUUGUUUUUCUUUUUCCUGCUUUACUAUGUUCGUUUUCGUUUGUGUUCGAAGGCUAUGACUGAGUCUGCUUCUUGCAAGUAUCCUUGUGCCUUUUGUUGCUCUUUCUGUCUACGUAUACGAGAUUUAAAUUGGGUAUUUUCAAAGUUUCCAAAUUUUGCAUGUACUGUUUUGUUGCGAGGCUUGAUCUGUAUCAGUAUACCCUUUGGAUUGAUUGGGAGGGUCUACCGUUUAUGGCAGCUUCAACAUGGGCGCAACUCAUUUCUAAAUUUCAGAAAUUUUGUUCGUCGGAUCCAUUCGCUCUGAUUGGGAUUCUGAUCCGUCUAUGGAAAUCCUUUGCAAAGUUUUGACAUUGAUUUGGCUUGCUUCCAAUUGAAAGAAAGCUUCAGACUUUAGUGGUUUCUUGUAUAUUGUAUUUUAGCCUGAAGCUUUAAUCGGGGGAUGCAUAUUUUUUAUCCUUUAAUCCAUGAUUUUUGUUGAACUUUGUGGGUUUUGGAUUGGAUAAAGUUUCUGUCUUUCAUCUUCUAGGGGUAUGAGCCUGUUCAUAGAUGUCUGAUAAGACUGCAUAUCUGUUCACUGUGAAAUAGGGGGCUGAAAGUUGUAAACUUUCCAUAAAUUUUGAUGAUUUCAGUAGUUUCAAUCUCACAAGGGGAAUAGAGAUGGAAGUCAGCAAAGGCAUUGAUACGGAACAUAGCCCCGACAGUGUUCUUCCUCCUCCGCAUCCGUUUCGAGUUUCAGAGAAGAGGAGUACGAGGUUGAAACCGCCUCGUAGAGAUGAAAUAUUGAGAGUGAAAGAAGGCUUCACCGAGAUAAGCUUCAGGCGUUACCGUAGCUCCUCUUGUAAGAAUUUUCCUUCCCGACCUCUUGCAAUGGGAGAUAGGAUUGAACAAAGACGAGGCUCUGUGUAUCAAAGUUCUAAACAAGUAUUCAGAGAGAUGAGAUUCUCGGAAAGUACUCAGGCAAGGCCAAAACUUGAAUUGUCCCGUGCUAGUGAUGCCUCUUUCUCGUUCAGAAUUGUGGAUCCUUCCAGAGCAGGACGUAUCGGGAAAAUGCCACAGAACGAUACUUCAGAUGAACAGAAGUCUUCGGUCGAAACUUUUACAUCCGGUGGCUUUAUUGACAUUUGCUUGAACUCAGGUAUCAAGGACAGAGCGACGGUAUUGGAGUCAGAUGAUGAACCGGGUAUCAGAUCCGACAAAGCAGCUGGUUCUUUGAACAGGUAUAAUGGCCAUAAAACAAGAUUGCCCAAGUCCCAGUCUGCAAAAGUAGAAAGGCGGUCAGUAUCUUUAUCUGAAAGCAAUUGCAAUAAGGAAAGCUCAAAGACACAGUUUGGUAAUAUUAGGAAAAUGUUUGAUCCAUUUGUCAAAUCGAAGUCUCUGAGAAAUCCCCUUGGACACAUUGGAGAAUCGGGCCAGUUCAAAGCAGAAUGUACGGAAAAAAUGAUGAAGGACAGUGAUCAUUGCAAAGCAUUGUUCAGUGGCAACUCAGAUAAUCAUAAAAAAGGGAAUACCCAUCCUACAGUCAUGAGUAAGGACCAUACACUGGCCCUCAAGUCUUCCCCAGUUCAUCUACGAGGUCGUCUUAAUCUGGAAAACAAAGAUGGGCUGCCAGUUUUUUGGUUCGUCUUGGAUUCUCCUGGGGAUGUUUAUGUGGGAAAAACAUGGAAAUCUAACAAUGGUUCCAACUGGACAUAUACAUUUUCCUCUGUCGGAAGAAGAAAGAAAAGCAAUGCAAGUGCAUGGGGUUUGAAUGACGGCUACCGAGAAUCCUCUAUCGUUGGUCAGAUGCAAGUUUCCUGUUACAUGUGUACCGAACUAAGAAAAAAGGGUCAAGAUCCAGACAAACUGAUGGUAACCGAGUUUGUUUUGUACGAUAGUGCGCGUGAGAGAAAAAGUGUUUCUGCACAUGCAGAUCCAUCCCGACCACAUGAUAAAGUUCGGAAAAAUUCUGCUAAACCAGACUUGAAUUCAGGAAAUAUUGAACCGGAUGACGGUUCUGAUGUAUCGAAGCUGAGACCUCAGGCCAAGUGUGCAUCUGAAAGUUGCGAUCUUGAUGCUUCAAAUGUACCAAACCCGUUGCCAGCUGCAGAUUUGCAUCCUGACCUUGAAAUCGCGGCUAUAAUCAUUCAAGACCAGAUUGAGAAGAGGGAAAGCUUAAAGUAUAGAAGAGGCGACCAAAGGGUCAUGGAUAAGAGGAAUCUUCUAAGUCUUUCUCCUAUCGAUGAAGGCAAGAAAUACUCUUACGGAAGCAGAAAUCCAGAAAAGUUAAAGGUCGUAAUCCCGAGGGGAAACCAUGGCAUACCAACUUCUGAAAGCUUUGGCCCUUCACCUUUGCUUAAGAGAUGGAGGUCAGGUGGCUGCUGUGACUGUGGUGGUUGGGACAUGGCUUGCCCUCUUGUGGUUUUCGGAAACCCUAGUCUCUCAUGUUCUCAUGAUCACCCUCUUGUGGACAAUCACCAUCCAUUGAAACUAUUUGCCCAGGGAGCUAAGGAGAAUACACCAGCGUUGUCCAUGUCAUUUGUCGAGGAGGGACAAUAUGAUAUUCAUUUCCAUGCACAGUUAUCAGCAUUGCAAGCAUUUUCCAUCUGUGUUGCCAUACUGCAUAACAUGGAAGCUUCAGGUGACUGUAAAAAUGGUGAGGACAUGCAGUUGUCACAGAGCAACUUUCUGGAAAUGCUUCUCGACGAUGAAGCCAUGUGCUUAGUUGAAGCUGUCACAGAGGAGGAGGAGAAGAAAGUUACCACUCUCCCGUCUUACAUGCCUAACCCGCCUUUUUCACCAAUCUCCCGAGUCUAAACCCCGAGACCAUCACCUUCAGAAGUACGUUAAAUGCCGAUAAGAAGAGAAGGGUGGUUUCCAACUCCAGAAAGAUUUUCUUCCUUGGACAAGCUUGAGGAAAAUGUUCUGCAUUCUCUGAUCUCUUAAGAUUUCUGCUGAGGUGUCUUUGGAGAAAGGGACAAAAUUCUUUGAUGUAUCAUUUGUUCAUUCUUAUGAGUAGGAGUUAGGGUUUAGUUGCUAUACUGUUCAUAUUGUAG